AUGGACUCAAAUGCAACUGAAAGAUUCGUACCCGAAUACCGCCGUACUAAUUUCAAGAACAAGUCACGUUUUCAAAGUGAUGAGUUGAGAAGGAGAAGAGAAACUCAUCAAGUUGAUUUGAGGAAGCAGAAAAGAGAAGAAGUGCUUGCCAAAAGGAGAAAUUUCCAACAUGAAGCUAAUGAUUCAGAAGAUGAGGAAGAUUUCAAUCUGAACGGCACUCACAACAAUGACGAACACCAAUUUUACAACAACUUGAAGCAAGAUUUACCCAAAAUGAUUGAAAUGAUUCAAGCUCCUGAUUUUGAGUCCCAGUUGGCUGCAACUGUGAAAUUCCGUCAGAUUUUAUCAAGAGAGCAUAACCCGCCCAUUGAUUUGGUUAUUCAACUGGGGGUCAUACCAACUUUGGUUGAAUUCAUGAAGGACGAACAUCCAGACAUGUUACAGUUGGAAGCAGCUUGGGCUUUGACCAACAUUGCUUCUGGAAACUCACAUCAAACCAGGGUUGUCGUUGAGGCUAACGCAGUACCAUUAUUUGUUCAAUUAUUGUAUUCUCAAAGUCUUGAAGUUAAGGAGCAGGCAAUUUGGGCUUUGGGUAAUGUUGCUGGUGAUUCAGCUGACAAUAGAGAUUAUGUCUUGAGUUGUGGAGCUAUGGAACCUGUAUUAAACUUGUUCAACUCCACUAAGAUGUCGUUGAUCAGAACUGCCACGUGGACAUUAUCCAACUUGUGUAGAGGAAAAGCACCGCAACCAGACUGGAACAUUGUUUCUCAAGCUAUUCCAACUUUAGCCAAGUUGAUUUAUUCAGUCGACUCAGAGACGUUGGUGGAUGCUUGUUGGGCAGUAUCAUACUUGUCGGAUGGAACUUCAGAAGCCAUUCAGGCUGUUGUUGAUGCACGAAUUCCUCACCGUCUUGUUGAAUUGUUGGGCCAUGAAUCCACCUUGGUUCAAACACCAUCCUUAAGAGCCAUUGGUAACAUAGUCACUGGUACCGAUUUCCAAACACAAAUUGUCAUCAACGCUGGUGUUUUACCUGCGUUGUCUCCAUUAUUAAACUCUCCAAAAGAAACUAUUCGAAAGGAGGCGUGUUGGACAAUUUCAAAUAUAACAGCUGGUACACCUGAACAAAUACAGGCUGUUAUAGACUCAAACUUGAUACCACAAGUGAUUAGAUUGUUGAUCAAUGGUGACUACAAAACCAAAAAGGAAGCUUGUUGGGCUAUUUCAAACGCCUCAUCAGGAGGCUUACAUAAGCCGGAAAUUAUCCGCUACUUGGUAAGCCAAGGCUGUAUUAAGCCACUUUGUGACUUGUUGGCAGUUGCUGAUACCAAGAUUAUUGAAGUUACAUUGGACUCGUUGGAGAAUAUAUUGAGAAUGGGAGAGAUGGAUAAAGAAGCAAGAGGAACAGGUGUCAAUGAAAACGCUUUGUUCAUUGAAGAAGCUGGUGGUAUGGAAAAGAUCUUUGAAUGUCAAAACAAUGCCAAUGAAAAGAUAUAUCAAAAGGCUUAUAACAUUAUUGAAAAGUAUUUCAGUGAUGAAGAAGAUGACAAUAUUGAGGAUGAGAAUUUGGUGCCUGAAGCAUAUGGUAACUCGUUUGGCUUUGGCAUGGAUAACUCAAACCAGCAACAAAAUUUCCAAUUCUAG